AUGAUUCAGUUAAUAAGUUACAAGAGUAUAGUAGAAUCAAAAAAUAACAUUAAGAAUGAUGUAAAAAAGAACCAUGUUGAAGACAAGGAACAAGGCAAAAAAUCUUUAAAGGAGAACGCAAGAAAUAACAACAUUGAUUUACACGAAAAAUCAUUAAAUCAUGGAGACGGUAUGAUAGAAGAAAUUGAUGAAGACCUUUUCAAAUUAUCAAAAGAUUAUUGUCUUGCUCAUUGUGUUGCUGAAGAUUUACGAAUGGGAGCCGGUAUAGCUGUUGAUUUCAAGCGCAUCUUUGGUGGUGUUGGUAGACUAGUUGAUCAGAAAUUAAAAAUAGGAGAAGUAGGUAUAGUUCAACACUAUGGUCAAUUUGCAUUUUAUUUGAUAACAAAAAAAUAUAGUAAUGGUAAACCAACAAUGAAUACAAUGGAAAAAGCUCUUCGUUCACUUUUCAUCAUAAUGAAAAAAUUAAAUUUAACAAAAUUAGGAAUUCCCAAAAUUGGAUGUGGAUUAGAUAAACUUGAUUGGUCUGAUACAAGAUCUCUCAUUGUUGAUAUAUUUUCUGGAUCUGGCAUUAACGUAACUGUAUGUGUACUUUCAAAAUUAAUAGAUUCAAAUAUACCACAGAGAUUAAAUGUUCGUAUUACACCAUCUAAUUUAUGGGAGAUGGCAGCCAAAACCAUCAUUGUUUUAUUUAUAGAUUUAAAACAAGUAUGUAAAGAGAAUUGGAAAGACCAUAUAGUUGAUAAAGUGGACAUUAAAUAUCCAUUCAAAAAAAAUUUAUCAAAAGACGUUAAAAAUAAGAAGUUUGACCCUGGUGCCAUAGCAAAAUACAUUGUUAAUAACGAAGUGAUAGUUUGUAUAUUUGUCACACAAAAGGCAUUAUACAGUUCUUUAGAAGAUGGAUUCAAAUCCAUAGAUCAAACAUUAAAAUAUUAUAAGUAUUUGGCUAUUCAGAGUGGCCCUAUUGAACCUAGCGAUAACUUUGAACGUAUAUCAUGGAUAGUAUUAAUAUUACGCUCAAUUAGUCACUCUUGUGAAUUAUGGUUAUGUGGUGAUGUCAAUCAAACAAGUGUCACAUAUUAUGAUCAAUAUUGUAAAAAUGUACUAAGCUCUAUGAAUCAUUCAUUUAAAAUGAGUUCUCUAGCUCAAAACAACUACAAAUAUAAUGAUAAUCGGCAUAGUUUAAACAUGAGAGAAACAAGUUAUCAAAAUCGAAGAUCUGGAUCAUUUCGGGAAUAUGUUGAUCAAAAUAGAAGAUCUGAACCAUUUCGGAAAUAUGUUAAUCAAAGUAGAAAAUCUGAAUCAUUUUGGGAAUAUGUUCAAAAUAGUUCUACAAAAACUGAUACAUGAUUUUACUAUGGCAUGUAAAAAAAAUAUUUAAUAUUUGUUUUAAUAAAUAAAUAUGUAUAAUAAAUAAUCAUAAUAUCAAAUUAAUAAACAUAAUCUUAUACAUGAA